AUGAUGAUAGAAUUAAAAUCUUUCAAAAAUGGGGUUGAGCGAGAUGCCGGAACAGCCAUAGCUGGAAAUGUGUUUGGUCAAAGUUGUGUGCUUUGUAAUAAGCCACAACUUUUUACCGCUAAAACUAGAGAAGUAUGUCAGCUCCUUAAGCUCGACCGUGACACACUCAACGACAUCCUUAAGGAGAAUCCCAUUGCUGCAUCCAACAUAAUGGAUAAUGAAAUCUUGAUAUUGAAAGAGCUAGUGGAAGAGCAUAAUGAUCCAGACAUGACUGAUGUUUUGGGUGAAAUUGAAAGGAAGAAGGCAAGGGAUGAAGCUCCUGGAAUAGCAUAA